AUGACAUUUAGUGAAUGUGUUAAAAAAUUACAUGAUUAUUUAACACGUAGAAUUAUAAUUGCUGCUGGCAGUCUAACACGGAUAUACCUUCAUCGAAAACAUGUACGAUCAUGGCUUAUUUAUUCGAUACGUUUUCGACAACGUGAUAAUAAUAAUAAUAGUCAAAUGGUUCCGGAUCAAUUCGAAUUGCUAUCAAUGAUUGUAUUGAAUAAUUUAGAAACUGUUCAAGUACCAUUGAAAAAAACCAUCGAAAAACAAACUAAUCUCUAUUCAGAUGAUGAACAUGAAAAAGAUCAAAAUAUUCAGUACGAUAGGGAUAAUGAUUCGGAACGGAUUUUAUUCAAAACAAAUUAUGAUAAUCAACAAACAACACUUUAUUGUUUUCCAACGUACGAUUGUUUAGCGAAAUUCAGUGUUUCAUUUCCAUCAUCGUUGAUCAAUCAACAACGAGGCACCGAUCGAAUGCCUUUUCCUAGUUAUCAAUAA